UACUUUAUGGAAUGCACUCUGGAUUAUAAGAGAAGGCCAUCGUUCAAGCUAUCGAAACCAGUAAUCAUUGUAUAUAAGAAUGAAAAUAUACAAAUGAAAGUAGAAAAGGUCCUAAGUUAUAUGGUUGUUGAAGGAGGCACAGAGGCCGGUGAAAGUCUCACCUAA